ACCCUCUAUCACGGAUAGCCCCAGAUAGCAUACCCCGAAAACAAUAGCAUAGCUGUGGCCAGCGAGGUAUAAGUAACUCGUGGAGGAUCGGGCAGAUAGGUCUCCAACUCCAGUUCCAGCACCAGCCUCAGCUUCUCUAUCAUCAAGGAAUCGAGUACCACUCUCACUAUCCUCAACUUAGUAGCACAUCACAUCACAAUGGCCCCAGCCGCCCUCCUCCCCACCCCUGUGGAAUCCACCACCACCACAACACCACCUCUCCCUCUCCCGAUAACCGCCCCAACCGUAACCGGCCCAACAACCAAAAAAGCCACACGCCCAACACACCCCCUCCCCCGCUCAUUGAUCGAAAACGCCCGAAUCCCCGACGGCGAAAAAGUCCCUUUCACUCCAUCCGUGCACCUCGCCUACGAGCCCCCUUCCAAGAUCUACAAAAUGGCCGAUUUCGGCCUCGAGGGCGCGGGCAUCUCACCGAAUGCCAUCUCAGAGCCGUUUCCGCUCUUCACGCCCGAGGCGAUUCGGCAGAUGCGUGGCGAGAUCUUUAGUGAGGCGGUCCUGGAGCAUUGUCGGUUCAGUUCGAGCUUUUGCGCGAAUAUGAUUCGCGGGAUGGGGCAUGUCCGCGCACCAUUCAUCUACGACGUCUGGAAAUCCCCCGACGUCCUCUCCAAGAUCUCCGCCGCAGCAGGCAUAGACCUGAUUCCAGCCUUUGACUACGAAAUCGCCAACAUCAACGUUGCCGUGAGGGGCGAAGACGAUGACCUUGACGCCAGCACCAACACGACCAACCUGGCCGUCAAGAAUGUUAAUGAGGAUGCUGACGUCCCCGCCUUCGCCUGGCACUACGACUCCUUCCCGUUCGUCUGCGUAACCAUGCUCAGCGACUGCAGCGGGAUGGUCGGCGGCGAAACCGCAAUCCGGCUCCCCGAUGGCUCGAUCAAAAAAGUCCGCGGCCCCGCGCAGGGGUACGCGGUCGUUAUGCAGGGGCGGUAUCUCGAGCACCAGGCGCUGAAAGCCCUUGGUGGUCGUGAAAGGAUUAGUAUGGUUACGCCGUUUCGGCCGCGGGAUGCGAAUGUAAGGGAUGAGGUGAUUCUUGUGGGGACGCGCGGGAUAAGUGACUUGGGCGAGAUGUAUCCGCAGUAUUUUGAGUAUCGGAUGGAGGUUCUUGAGGAGAGGGUGAGGGGGGUUAUCAAGGCCGAGAGGGGGAGGGGGAGAAGUGGGAGGGGGUGGGGGGGGGAGGGGGUGCGGGGGUGGAUUGAGGAGCAGAGGGAGUUUUUGGAUUCGAUGUUGAGGGAGAUGGUUGUUGUUGAGUAGGUUAGAGGAAUAGGUGAGAGGUGAGAGCAUGGGCCCGGGAGAUGAGCUGGUGUCUUGUUUGCUUGAUUUAUGCCAUGUUCAGAUUGAGCCUGUGCUUUGUCUUUAGUGUCCUUUCUCGCGGUUUUAUACAAUUGACGAGUGAGUAGGUUGUUGUAAGUCUCGUCGAAGCAUUCCAUACGCGACUCUCCAUACCUACUUAUAGUUGUCCUCUUGGUGCUGUAAUGUUAAAGACGAAGCAACCGUCUC